AUGUCUGCUGCCAGCUGUCUGAGAUCUGAAGAUCAGUUUCUGUGCUGCAUCUGUCUGGAUGUGUUCACUGAUCCAGUCACCACACCAUGUGGACACAACUUCUGCAAAAACUGCAUCAAUGAACACUGGAACAGUAAUGUCCAGUACCUGUGUCCAAUGUGUAACACGGUUUUCUACACAAAACCUGAACUUCACAUCAACACAUUGCUCUCUGAGAUGGUUUCUCACAGCUCAGAGCAACAAGCUGCCAAACCAGGAGAAGUUCCCUGUGACGUCUGUACUGGAACCAAACUGAAGGCCCUGAAGUCCUGUCUGGCGUGUCUGACCUCCUACUGUGAGACUCACCUAGAGCAUCAUCUGACAAUGUCAGGCCUGAAAAGACAUCAGCUGAUCAACCCUGUGGAGAACCUGGAAGACAGGAUGUGUAUGAAGCACGAUAAACCUCUGGAGCUGUUCUGUAAGACCGACCAGACAUGUGUCUGCGUGCUCUGCUCUGUUUUAGACCACAAGACACAUGAGUUUGUUCCUCUGAAAGAAGAAUAUGAAGGAAAGAAGGCAGAGCUGGGGAAGACAGAAGCUGAAUUUCAGGAGAUGAUCCAGAAGAGACGACUGAAAAUUCAAGAGAUCAAACACUCAGUUGACCUCAGUGAGGAAGCUGCAGACAGAGAGAAAGCAGAAGGUGUUCAGGUCUUCACCGCUCUGAUGGGGUCUGUUGAGAGAAGCCUGAAUGAGCUCAUUGAGACGAUUGAAGAGAAGCAAAGAACAACAGAGAAACAGGCUGAAGACUUCAUCAAAGAGCUGGAACAGGAAAUCUCUGAGCUGAAGAAGAGAAGCUCUGAGGUGGAGAAGCUCUCACACUCUGAAGACCACCUCCACCUCCUCCAAAACUUCCUGUCCCUGAAAGCUGCUCCACCCACCAAAGACUGGACAGAGGUCAGCAUCCGUCCAUCGUAUGAGGGGACUGUGGUGAUAGCUGUGGCUCAGCUGGAGAUGACUCUCAGAAAACAGAUGAAGAAGCUGUUUGAGGCUGAGCUGAAGAGGGUCCAGCAGUAUGCAGUGGAUGUGACUCUUGAUCCUGAUACAGCAAAUCCUAAACUCAUCCUGUCUGAUGAUGGGAAACAAGUACAUCAUGGUGAUUUGAAGAAGAAUCUCCCAGACAACCCAGAGAGAUUUUCUAAUUGUUGUUGUGUGUUAGGAAAGCAGAGUUUGUCUUCAGGCAGAUUUUACUUUGAGGUUCAGGUUAAAGGGAAGACUAAAUGGACUUUAGGAGUGGCCAGAGAGUCGAUCAACAGGAAAGAAAACAUUCCACUCAGCCCCCAUGAUGGUUACUGGACUAUUUGUUUGAGAAACAGAAGUGAGUACAGUGCAAAUACAAGCCCUCCAGUCCGUCUCUCUCUGAAGUUUCGUCCUCAGAAGGUGGGGGUGUUUGUGGAUUAUGAGGAGGGUGUGGUCUCCUUUCAUGAUGUAAAUGCUGCAGAUCUUAUUUGCUCCUUUACUGGCUGCUCCUUCACUGAGAAACUCUACCCAUACUUCAAUCCCUGUCCUACCGAUGAUGGUAGAAACUCCGCCCCUCUGGUCAUCUGUCCUGUUAAUAACACUGAGUAA